UUCCGCGUGCCCUCAAAUCUCUCUUGGCCGCGCUAGCCCAACAUCCAAUUCCUCGGCACGACCUCUUCAAUCUGCUGCAUGUGCAAGCCGUUCUAUUUCUGGCGGCGGUCAACCGGAGACGAUCGGUGAUUAAAUUUUUUGAUCGCCGGCUACGAUGAGAAGAGCAAAAAGCGUUUCGUUGAAGAAGACAUAUUCGGGUCCGCCGGCGAAGACCUACUCGGUUUCACCGGCGGACUAUCAGUUGCUGGAGGAAGUUGGGUACGGAGCCAGCGCGACAGUCUACCGCGCUAUGUAUAAAGUAGGCAACGAGAUCGUUGCGGUCAAGUGCCUCGAUCUCGAUCGCUGCAACAGUAACCUAGAUGACAUAAGGAGAGAAGCUCAAACAAUGAGUUUGAUAGACCACCCUAAUUUGAUUAAGGCAUUUUGCUCAUUCGUAGUUGAACACUGCCUCUGGGUUGUUAUGCCAUUCAUGGCUCAGGGUUCAUGUUUGCAUCUGAUGAAGACUGCAUAUCCUGAUGGGUUCGAAGAACCUGUUAUUGGAUCAAUUCUUAAGGAAACUCUCAAAGCUUUAGAGUAUCUUCAUAAUCAUGGGCACAUUCAUCGUGAUGUCAAGGCUGGGAAUAUCCUUCUUGAUAAUUCUGGUGCUGUGAAGCUUGGUGAUUUUGGUGUGACAGCUUGCAUGUUUGACAAGGGUGAUAGGCAAUCUUCAAGGAAUACCUUUGUAGGCACGCCAUGCUGGAUGGCACCAGAGGUCCUGCAACCUGGUAGUGGAUAUAAUUUCAAAGCUGACAUCUGGUCAUUUGGAAUCACCGCACUUGAGUUGGCACAUGGUCAUGCUCCUUUCUCCAAGUACCCUCCAAUGAAGGUGCUAUUGAUGACACUCCAAAAUGCUCCUCCUGGACUUGAUUAUGAUCGUGAUAAAAGGUUCUCGAAGUCUUUUAAAGAAAUGGUUGCAAUGUGCUUGGUCAAAGAUCAAACAAAAAGGCCAACGGCUGAAAAAUUGUUGAAGCACUCAUUUUUCAAAAAUGCAAAGCCUCCAGAGCUGUCAGUGAAAAGCCUUUUGGUAGAUCUACCACCCCUUUGGGACCGUGUAAAGGAUCUCCAGCUCAAAGAUGCUGCACAACUAGCUUUGAAGAAAAUGCCUUCAGCAGAACAGGAAGCAUUAUCACAGAGUGAGUAUCAGCGAGGAGUCAGUGCAUGGAAUUUUGAUAUUGAGGAUUUGAAGGCCCAAGCGUCACUGAUUCAGGAUGAUGAAGAUUUUGCUGAAGCUAAAGAAGAUAAUUUAAGCCUACGGCAUUUCAUCAACAAUGAGGAUGAAUCCACUCCUGGAUCUGCUGUAGAAAAACCAUUAGCUGAUGAUGAAAUUGGCUACAGAUCAAACAAGAUUGAAGAAGAAUGUUCUGGUGCUGAUGGUGCAAUAAAAAAAUAUGAGCAUCACGAAAAAGAUUCAUUUGACUUUGCUAAUCAAGAAGAUAUCGACAUAUCCAACAAGGUCAGGUUGAAAAAUGAUUCAAUACCAUCAACUUCUAAGCAGGAUUUUGAACCGAGAUGGAAAAGUCAAGUUGGGAAAAAGCACCAAACCUACAGUGGUCCUCUUUUACCUUCUAGUAUGCAUAACAAUUCUUCAGAAAGGGGUCGGACCUCUGAAAGAGCUGAUGCUGAGAAUAUAUUGGCAACUGAGAAAGGUAGACGUGAUUCACGAAAGGCUCCAAAUUUGAGUGGCCCAUUGAUGCUUCCAAAUCGUGCCUCUGCUAAUAGUUUGUCUGCUCCCAUACGAUAUUCAAGUGGAUAUGGAGAUUCACUAGAGGAUAAAUCCCGGUCAAAUGUGGUACAGAUAAAAGGACGGUUUUCUGUUACAUCUGAGAAUGUUGAACUUGUAAAGGAUGUUCCUUUAAGCACAAUUCCACGAAGGUCAUCACAGGGUUCACUGCUUACAAAAUCUGGAAGUGUCGGCGAUUGUCUGGUUAAUUCUAAGCAAGUGCCUCUUAAUCUGCAUGAAAAGGAUAACAUCAACAGCGCAUUACCUGCUUCUAUUUUGAUGCCUCACCUCCAGAAUCUUUUUCAGCAGACUUCGUUUCAACAGGAUCUUCUUACUAAUCUGUUGAAUAGCCUCCAACAAAAUGGUAUUGUUGAUGCUUUCCAGGCUGGUAUGCCAUUGAAACAACAAAACUCUGAGGAAGACAAUCUGGUUGAUACAGCAGUAACUGAAAGAGAGCGCCUCCUGCUUGCUAAAAUUUCUGAGCUCCAGACCAGGAUGGUUAGCUUAACUGAUGAGUUGACUGCUGCAAGGAUGAAGCACAUUCAAUUGCAGCAACAGUUAAGCGCUGUGUAUUCUCAAGAAGAUAGAAAAGAAGAAUUGCAAGAGACCUAAUCUCCCUGUACAGUAAGGUGUUCUGUAAACUCUUCAAGUUGAAAGUAAUAAUAAGCUCAAGUCCAGCCAGAAAUCUUCCCAUCUUCUCAGAGCAUUUUCUUGUAGAAAGAGGCACAUUCAACAAUUUUUCGUUUCUUUUAAGCGCUAAUCAACAGAUACGGGGGCAUUUUGUUUGCAAAAUUUGAAGAUCAGACGAUGAUCUCGCAGAAUAAUUUUGCCCAGAAGCUGUAGGAAUGUUGAUUUCCUGAUGGCUGCAAGUCUCCUUUGUUGAAGAUAAGCUUGGUUUUGUUUUCCAGUGCUAAGUGAGAUAAUCUUAUAAUUAUAUAAACAAACUUCAAACCCCUAUGAUGUAUAUUCCAUUUGUAUACAUUGUAAUUCAUUUACGUUAUAUUUCAUGUUAAUGAUUGAUACAGAUAUAAGUUCA